UGAGACCAUCGAUCGUGUGGUUGUUUGCCUCUAUUUUAUUUUGUUCGUCCCUGCACUUCUGCUGAACAUUAUGGCAGCCUGGAUCUCCUGGAAUCUGAAGUCCAAAUCGUCGUUUGUCGUGUACCUGAAGAACCUUGUGGCGGCCGACCUUCUGGUGACCUUUAUCAUCCCGCUGAUGGCCGCUAACUGGCUUCCUGGGUCGCCACAAGGACUACAUGUAUUUAACUGCCAGUUUGGCAAUGUGUUUUUCUAUCUCUGCAUGUAUGUCAGUGUCGUCCUGAUGGGCGUCAUCAGCCUCGACCGCUUCUUCAAGAUCGUACAGCCCGGUGGGAAACUGCUCGGCCAAACUGCCGUCUUUGGCAAAGUGGUCUCUGCAGUCGUGUGGGUUGCGAUGCUCGGCAUAAUCACCAUUCCAACCAUGAUACUCACCAAUGAGAAGCCCAACAGAAACCAAUCAACCAAUGACACUGCAGGUCUGUGCAUGGCCAUGAAGAAUGACCUGGGGAAGCAGUACCACCGUGGGGUUAGCAUUUUCUGCAACUGGAUAUUCUUUGUCGUGUUAGUCGUCACCGGACUCUGCUACACGUGCAUCGCAAAGAGGGUCAUUGAGUCGUACAGAAACUCUGGGAGCAAGAAUCUCAAGGGGAAACGAAAGAUCAAAGCUCGAGUGUUUGUGGUCCUGGCGGUGUUCCUGGUCUGCUUCGGCCCUUACCACAUCACACGCAUCCUCUAUGUGCAGAAGCAGAUGGAGAAUAAGCUCAGCUGCCACUGGGCGUUACUGAAGGUGGCUAAAAGCGUCACGCUGUGGCUCGCCACCACCAACGUCUGUCUGGACCCCCUCAUCUACAUACUGCUGUGCAAAGCCUUUCGGGAGAAACUGUACGAGUUCAAGAUAUUUGGACGCUGUAGUUCCACUUCAACCCAGGAGAAUACAGAAGACACAUAUCUUUGAAAGGGUGGAGAUGUUAACUCCCUGUGUCAAGAGGUUUUCUUUUUUUCAGAGUGUAAUAAUAUUGAUAAUAAGCUAUAUUUGUAUACUGUAGCAUCUCUCAUACACAGAAUACACUCAAAAUGUUUUAACAUUUGGAGCAAGUUAUUGCGGUAGUAUGCGGACGUUUAAGGAACACAACCGGCUGCCAGAUUUCCAACCGUAUGCGAGAGUAUGCAGUUCAGUCCAUUUUACAAAUUAAUUUGACAAACAGGUGAACAGUAUACGUAAAAUCACAUCAACAGAAUGUGAAGAAACAACAAUGUUGACGUAAUCUGUAAUCUGUCCUCCAUCCGUGUCGCGCAGAUAUUCACUUAAGUUAGCAGGCAAACCAGCUAGCGCCAGGUCGGUUGUCUUGUAACACCAGUUU